ACAGAGAGGAGAAGGAGGGGGUGAUGUGCAUCAGUCCACUAGCGCUCAAAUGGGUAACUGCGAGCACAGCAGACUGAAGUGGAGCGGCGGGUCCAACUACAAGCCAAGUGAGACAGCGUCCCCCUUUAUGAAGCGUCACCCGUAGGACCCGGCGCGGCUCUGACCGCUGCGGAGAAACUUGCGUCUGCUGCCCAAGUGCAAGCGCUCAGUAUGCGGACCGACCCCUGCAGCUGCGCAGACUGACUGAGACCAGUUUAAAAAACGCUCCUAAUCCAUUUUUUUCUCCUCUCCUUCCCCCGGAGGAUUACUCCUUUAUUCAGUGAUAAUGGGUUCUGUGAUGUUGGACUGGAGGUUAUCUUGUCUUCUUCUGCAGGCAGCUGUUCUGCUGCUGCUCAGCAAGGGGGAGAGGAUGUGCCCCGCGAGUUGUCGCUGUGAAGGAAAGAUUGUUUAUUGCGAGUCCGGCAUCUUCCAAGACAUUCCAAUAAACAUCACGACGGGGUGCCAGGGUUUGUCUCUGCGCUAUAACAACCUGCUGGUUCUGCUGCCGUACCAGUUUGCCCAGCUCAAUCAGCUCAUCUGGCUUUACUUGGACCACAACUCCAUCCACAGCAUCGACGCCUUAGCCUUCCACGGCGUGCGCAGGCUGAAGGAGCUUAUUCUCAGCUCCAACAAGCUGAGCUUUCUGCACAACAACACGUUCAGUGCCAUACCAAACCUGAGAAAUCUGGACCUUUCUUAUAAUCAGCUGCAGUCUCUGCAGCCAGGCUAUUUCUACGGGCUGCGCAAGCUGCAGAAUCUGCACCUCAGAUCUAAUGGGCUGAAACAGAUCCUCAUUCGCACGUUUCUGGAAUGCCGCAGCUUGGAGUUUUUGGACUUGGGUUACAACCGCUUGCGCAGCCUCACUCGCACCACGUUUUUGGGACUCUUCAAGCUGAGAGAGCUACAUUUGGAACACAAUCAAUUCUCCCGGAUUAAUUUCUACAUUUUCCCACGCCUUACCAACCUCCAGGCGCUCUAUCUGGCGUGGAACCGCAUCCGGUCGAUAAGCCAAGGGGUUCCUUGGACCUGGCCGAAACUGCAGAAGCUGGAUCUGUCUGGGAACGAAAUCCAAACGCUGGAGCCGGACGUUUUCCGUUGCAUGCCGAGCUUGCAGACGCUUAACCUGGAAACUAACAAGCUGAGCAGCGUUCCUGUGGAGGUGGUGGAGGCGUGGACCGCCCUGACCACAAUCAGCCUGGCGGGCAACGCCUGGGACUGCAGCCCCAGCAUCUGCCCCCUCAUGGGCUGGCUCCGGACUUUCAGGGACCCCAAAGACAUCAACAUGAUUUGCAGCGGUCCCAAGGCCACGCAGGGCGAAAGGGUGGUGGAAGUGGUGAGGAACCGCUCGAUAUGCGGGGACGCUGCAAACAUGUUCUCGACCACAACUGUGGUCAUUCUGACCUCCACCCAAGCUGUGAGCGUCACGGUUUGGUCGGCGGCCACCGGAGUCCCAGCCCUGACUCAUCCAUCACCACCACCACAGAAAUCUACCCCAUCUCCUCUGAGUCCUGGCGGGACACACAUAAAGAUGGCGGAUCCCACCGUCGCCUCCACCACCACCACCACCCUGAGCUCUAUGCCCCCCUUUGCUCCACAGACCUCCACGCCAUUUAUCCCAGAGCUGCAGUUUGAACAUAUGGCUUUCCAUAAAAUCAUUGCAGGCAGCGUAGCCCUGUUCCUGUCAGUGGCAUUGAUCCUGCUGGUUAUUUACGUCUCGUGGAGGCGCUACCCCAACACCAUAAGGCAGCUGCAGGAGCACUCAGUCAACCAUAAGCGCAGGAAAAAGGCCCGCAAGCAGGAACAGGACCUGAACUCUCAGUUGCAGGAGUACUACCUGACUUACCACUCCAACUCGGAGGCGCUGGACUCAUUGGUGAAUGAAAACAGGCCGUGCACGUGCACCAUUUCAGGAUCCAUAGAGUGUGAGGUGUGAGUGCUCCGCCCUCAGGAGACACGCGGUCUCGUUUUCCGAGCGGAGAUAAAUGGAUUUUGAUUUUUUUCUCUGUUGGAAGAUAAGGAGGCUUUAUCUCUGAUGCAAGCAGAUAGUCUGCAGCGCUGAAGGAAAUACUUGGGGCUUUUUGGCACGACGAUGUGCGCAGAAAGGAUGAAUUGAAUGGGAAGAUAUAUUUGGAGCUAAUUAUCGCCCCGACUGACAUGGGAGGAGUGGUGGGAUUAGCUGUGUACGGUCCAAACCCACGACAGGACAUCUGCUGCGGCACAAAUGGGCUCUGCGGAGAGACUGACCUUGUUCUUAGUCAGAGCAUACUCUCAUGAACCUACAAAGCCACUGUUUUUACUUACUCAUUCGGUUCCAAUCAUGUAGCUCGUAAAGCAUUUAGGACAUAUGCGCUCUCUGAGAGUUUGUACGUGUGCGAGUGCGUCCCGUUGCCAUCUGGUCAGACGAGUAACAGCUCUGCACCUUCUUCUCACAGAUAGCGUUAGUCCGGUUGAGUUAUUCCACAGUUGGCAGACGGGCUCAGCCGUACCCAGUGUGUGUGUGUGUGUGUGUGUGUGUGUGUGCGUGUGUAUGAUGGGGGUGGGGGGCAAUCACAAAGAGAGCAUCAUUUGCAUGAAGCCACUCUCCUUAUUAAAGAUGCUUCUCUUCCAUGGGAGAUGAUCUGUCUGAACGGAUAAAAGAAAAUAUGUACGUUUUCCGUUUGUAUCGUCACAAUCGACCCAAAUGAGGGAUAUUUAAAGCUCAUGAGACUAACCUCAGGACUGAGAUGUACAAAUGUGUCAGGUCCAGUUAAGGCCUUGGAUGACUGUGUAUGUGUGUGUGCGAGUGAGUGUGAGAGGAGUAACAGCGUUAAUUUUCAUAUCAAGUUUUGUAUUUAUUAUUGCUGUCAUUAUAUUUAUGCAUUGUUUGUGUAAAGAUAUAUUAAUACGUGUGUUUUUGACUGUACAAAUUAAAAGAAACACUGACGGUUGAUGGGAGGAAAAACAACAACAAAAAAAGAAAUCAAAGGACAGAAAAAAGUCUGUACUUUACCCAUUCAUGACAGGAGCAAUGGCAAAAGUGUACGCACUCUGGUUAAAACGCCAAUUCACGAGGUGAAACCUUUAAUUUGAAACAUGUCAGUUCAACUGAAGAAACAGAGGGAAAAUAUAACAAAGAAAAGUGCAGUAGCCCGGUUGCAUAAGUUUGCACACCAUCAAAUUAACACGCACCUUUUGGUUUCAUCUCAGCGUGAAGAUUCACACCAACUUCAUGUUGUUAUGAAUCAGAUUAAAUUGAGAUGAUGCUCAUCUGUCCUGAUGUUUGCUCGUUUGCCUCUGUAAGCUAAAGCCCUCGUUUCCAGAGAGCGAGGUCACGAAGGAUCAAAUGGAUCUCGUUGCGUGAAGGUACCAACAAUUACACCGCAACGUUUGCAUGCCAUGGUCCAUUGAAUAAACUCAUCAACAACUGAGGAGAUUAAUUGCAAAAUAAGUGACACAUUUAAUAAAACAAGAGCCGGGGGGCUGCCAAGAGGAUUACAGCAACACUUGGAAGAGUUAUAGGACGUCCUGUUGCAUUCUGGUUGUACUGCAGUAGAGCCUUACCCCCCACUUAUAACAACUAAUUGUUUUGUUGUCUAGAAGCCUCUUAUAGCCUUCAAAUUUAAUUGUAAUUUGUAAAAAUAAAAAAUAAAUAAAAUCAUAAUAAGACCUUGGGUCCCUGAAAAACGUCUCUACCCUGGUCAUCUGCCUCCGGUUCUGCUCUCUCUCCAGAUGUAAACACAGUCUCCUGUGUUUACGUGCGACUGUUGUGUUCUGCAUUUCUCUGUCAACUUUGUGGCUGAAAAUCACUUAUGAGUAUUUUCCUGGAAAAAAAACAACAAAAAACAAGAGGAAUGACAAGAACUAAAUAACAGCAAAAAUGUUCACUAGAAUGAAAAUGCGGUUAAAUAUUUAAGGUAAUCUAUAUCCAGUGAGAUCUAAUUUAUGUUAUGUGGAAAGGAGAAAUGGUGUGUUGAAACGGCAAACAGUAUUGUUUCUCGUGUGAUGACCAGCUUAAGUUUCACUUUCUAACAUGUGUGGUUCAACAAUACCAUGCACAACAAAACCUUGUGUUCAAAUUUUUUCAACUAACAUGUAAGAAAUAAAACUUUUAAUAUAACCUUGUUGUUGGGACUGAAAUAUUCAGUUCAUUUUUCUCUAGUAGCGAAACAGUUUAUUGAGGUUUUAUGCUUGUCAGAUCAGGAAGACAUCGACGCUGUUUGGUUAAGCCUGUGUUUAUUUAUUGCACGUCGUAUCGCUAUGACAUCAUUCACCAACUUUACACAACACCGCAGCAGAUGACCAAACUGUAAACAAAGCUGCACUAAAUAUUCCAAAGAGUAAAAGUAAGUUAAAGUGUUUCAGUCAAAACUAACAUGGCUGAUAAACAGAAGAAAAUAUGUUGGUUUGGUUAAAUAUUCUGGUAAAACGAAUAAUGGUGGAGUGAAGUCAAACUUGAACCUUUCACUGUGGAUCACCAAACAAAAAAAAACACAAAAAAAACCUCCCCACAAUGAAGCAUGGUGGUGGCAGCAUCAUGCUGUGGCACUACUUUUCGCCUUAUGAAACUGAGGUUUUUGUCAAGACUGAUUAAGAAGUUCUGGAGGGUUUUGGGUCCAUUUUGACUCAAAAUCAACUAAAGGUGAAGAGAGUUCUCAUGUUUACCCAUCAAAAUAAGUCCAAAC